GCCCGUCGUUCCUUUGUGCUCCGUUGAGCUACAAUUGGUCCAGUCCAUUUUGACGUUCCCCACCCUGGAACCCUAGUUGGUGGCGCCUAGCCAGUAUCCGGCCAGCGCCGGGCCUGGUUCCGGUGUGCGCCCUGGGGCUCGUCUUGCCGCCGUUGUCGAAAUGCUGUUACUUUCUUUGGCCCGGGCUCGUUGCCUCAACCGGGUGGUCGGCCGCUCGCUCUGCGCUGUUCGGCAGGGGGACUGUUCACAAGGGAAACAUGCAUUUUCUGGUGUCUCUCAAUGUCAGAGGCUUGUGUAUGCCAACAGCAGGAAGCAUUUAGCAAAUGGCUUCCGUACCUUCGCUGUACGCUAUUUCCGAACCACCAGAGCGUGCAGGGAAGAAGUUGUUACAGUGAACACACCAGCAUUUGCAGAGUCAGUCACAGAGGGAGAUGUGAGGUGGGAGAAAGCUGUGGGAGACACAGUAGCAGAAGAUGAAGUGGUAUGUGAGAUUGAAACAGACAAGACUUCUGUGCAGGUUCCAGCUCCAACAGCUGGGGUGAUUGAAGCACUUCUGGUCCCUGAUGGGGGAAAAGUGGAAGGAGGAACACCUUUAUUUAAACUCAGGAAAACUGGAGCUGCACCUGCCAAGGCCAAGCCACCUGCAGCCCCUGCACCAGAGCCCGCAGCUCCUGCAGCACCUCCACCCGUAGCACCACCUCCUGCAGCAUCAAUACCUACAGCAAUGCCUCCAGUGCCCCCGGUUUCGGCACUCCCUGUAGAUGCUAAACCAGUCUCUGCAAUAAAGCCAACCACAGCUACUCCUGCAGUGGAACCUGGAACUGGCAAAGGUGCCAGACUGGAACAAAGGGUAAAAAUGAAUCGGAUGCGUCAGCGAAUUGCUCAGCGCCUCAAAGAGGCUCAAAAUACAUGUGCCAUGUUGACAACCUUCAAUGAAAUUGAUAUGAGCAACAUCCAGGAAAUGAGAGCCCGGCACAGGGAUAACUUCCUGAAGAAGCACAAUAUGAAACUUGGUUUUAUGUCUGCCUUUGUGAAAGCUGCAGCUUUUGCCCUGCAGGAGCAGCCCAUUGUGAACGCAGUGAUUGAUGAUACAACCAAAGAGAUCGUGUACAGGGAAUAUGUGGAUAUCAGUGUUGCAGUUGCAACUCCUAGGGGUCUCGUCGUCCCUGUCAUCAGAAAUGUAGAAAAAAUGAAUUUCGCUGACAUUGAGAGAGCAAUCAAUGAGCUGGGGGAAAAGGCCCGGAAGAAUGAGCUUGCCAUUGAAGAUAUGGAUGGUGGCACCUUCACCAUUAGCAAUGGGGGCGUCUUUGGAUCCCUUUUUGGCACACCCAUCAUCAACCCCCCUCAGUCUGCUAUCUUAGGCAUGCAUGGCAUCUUUGAUAGGCCUGUUGCUGUUGGAGGCAAAGUUGAGGUGCGACCAAUGAUGUUUGUGGCUCUGACCUAUGAUCACCGGUUGAUUGAUGGUAGAGAGGCCGUGACCUUCCUGCGUAAGAUCAAGGCUGCAGUGGAAGACCCUCGUGUGCUGCUGCUUGACUUGUAAUGGGCCUCAGCAGCACAUCUCCCUCCCCCUCCUCACCCAGCAGAGCAAGGCUACAGCACCAACAAAAGGAAUAUAGAGGACAUUCAGGGAUCAGCAGGGCUUCAUUCCAGUCUCCUCCUCUUCCUAGUGACAGGAGAUGCUUUGAAAGGAACCUUGAGGGUAAUUUGCCACCCACCUUUCCUGCCUCUUCCAAAGAUAGUUCACUUUCUUCCCCAGAGUAGACAAGCAGACGUUCUGACCUAUUCAGAUACAGCUUACCAUCCUCUCUUCCCCAUGUCUCACUCCAAAUAGAUCUAACUUGAUUUCUCUUCUGAGAUCUCCUGGGAACAGAAGCUCCUUGCUCUUUAGCUAGAGCUUCCUUCUCAAGCUAGUCUUAUACAGAACUUCAGCUUUAAUUUACUGUCAGCCAGACAGGCUGCCAGAGAGGAGCAGGGCUGGUGGUGGGUCUCCACUAAACUUGAAGGUUAUCUUGCACAGUGAACCUAGCCUGGGGUCCUCUAAGGUGACUCUGUUGCAGUGCCUGAUCUUCUACACCUCCAGUAAUGGAGGGUAAAUCUUAUACGCCAGCCAUCUUGUGGUUUCUUGACCUUAGCAAGGGUGAGGCACUUCCUGGGGUUACUGCCUCCCUGGCCAUUUUCUACCCUUCUACUAGCUGAGAAGUGACCGAAAGGAUUGUUUUCCAGGAUCUUCCUCUGACCCACCCGUCACAAGAACAGGAAGAAGUCAGUGAGAACUCCAGAUGGAACUAUUUCUUUUAUGUUUUAGACUUGGUGUCCCUUCUGACUGUCAGGACCAGUUCCAAUUGACUGGGGGCUGAGGUUUAGAGAGAGAUAACAACCCUCUGCAGCUGUCCUAUGUUCCAUCUAAUCCUCACUGGAUGGUUACAUCAGCUUCAUGUUGGCAAUGGUUUGGGCUGAUUAGGUGGUAACAUGGAUUGGGACUAGACUGUCAUGUGGUAUGUAUCCCAAUCGUGCCUGCUGGCUCAUGGAGACAUAUCCUUAGUACAAUAGUGUGCCCAUGUAUUGUUGAGUGGGAGGGUUGCUAGUGCCUGCAGGGUUUAUUACUCUUGUUGCCGCACAGAACUUGUAAUUAAAGUAUUUAACGCAACAGAUUUUAAACAAAAUAAAAUAAGGAAAUUACAUGUGUGCAUAUGAAUGAGAGAAAUGUCUGAGAGGGAUAGGGUUUAAAGGAGGGAAGUAAUACAGUUACACUCCAAAAUGUGUCCCAGUUGCUUAUAGCAUCAAGGAAAGAAAUGUGGGAUGGUUUUAUUCUGGCCCUCUUAUUCACAGUAGCGGAAAUAAACUGUUUAAGACCUUC